UUCAAGAUAUACGGUGAGGACACUACGAGGUAUCAACCUCAAUGCCUGGGGCUGAUGGCACUCAACUCCAGUCCUGCCAUCGCAUGUAUUGGCAUCAUCGGCAAACAUGACAAUCCUCUACACAUCUCCCUCUUCCCACCACACGAGGAUGAAGACCUAGACAUGCAAUUCCUCCUCAACUCGUGCCUCGACAUCUUCGACAUCCGCUCCAAGACCAAAACACUUGAUCAGGACCUUGGUCUCUUACAAGCCAUCGACGAACGCCUCGCUGCCUACGGUUGGCUGACAAACACGGGUGUCAAGUUCAUCAUCGUAGUCGACAUGAUGGGCCGCCCGCCCGCUCCAGACGAGGACAAACGAAAAUUCCCGCCUGCCGUGGGCUUACGUGAUGCCGAGCUCAAAUCUGCCUUCCGCGCCGUGCAGACAGCAUACAUCCAGCUCAUGCUGAACCCAUUCUAUGCUCCAGAAGACCGGACGCCAUUGCAAAUUGCCAACUACGGCGGGAACAGCCCAGAGAUCACGAGCAAGAGGUUCACCAAUGAGCUGCAAAGGAUAGGCAGAGCAUGGACACCAGGGAUCGCGAGUAUAUGAAGAUGGAGAGGCCGAGAUCAUGCUAUAUUGCCUAUAAUUUCACGGCGCGCAAGAACACAUGCGGACAAGCAGCUGCUCCCAGGCCAACUUUUCGAUAUAAUAUCCUCAAAGAGUGAUAUCACGGCUUAAGAAGUCCGCCAUUGGCCGCUCCCUCGUCCAACUUGGCGGCACUCUCACCAACCUCUGCUGCCGUCGAUGCCGCCUGCUGCUCCUCAGGCGUUGGCGUCUUGGCCAGCGGCAUCUCAUCCAUCUUCGUGUCCGGAUCAGCUAGCUUCGCCGCCUCCUCCGUCGCAACAGCACUUUCGGCUGGUGGAGCAGCCACAGCGGCUGGCGCACCCGUCUCAGUCAUCCCUUGAGUCUUGACAUAUUCGAGCACAGCGUCCAAUGUUUUCGCGGGGCCUGCUUGUUCCCAGACACGAACGACGCCCUGUUUGUCGAUUACGACGACGCCCCGGGUAGUGGAUUUACCGGGACCGGGCUUCUUCAUGCCGAUGGCUGAUGUCAGUGUUGCAUUUGGAUCGCACUGCGCGGAAUCCAUUCGUCAGUGGCUCGAUUUUCAAGUCGAGGUUUUGCCUGGACGACAAGUUGGAUCUGACUUACCAGAAGGGCAUACUGUAACUUCUGCUUUGUCGCGAACGUGCUAUUGGCCUUGGGACUGUCCGUGCUGAGUCCAUAGAUUGAUAGCGAUGCGCCCGUAAUUGGAGCGUAAUUGUCCCGGAAGAGACAUGCUUGUGUGGUGCCUGUACCAUGACAUUAGUCUCUGAUACUCAAAGUCGCCGAAAGGCACGAUUGUAUGAUCAAUAUGAAAACCAGUAGCCUAGCCUUGUGGAUAUGAUCCAAGGAAAACAAGACUCUUCUUUCACGUGGGAGCAUUGAGUGAGAGAUCAUUUCCUGCCUCAUUUAAAGCGGAGUUCUGUAGCAGAGCAGAAGAUUC